GCCUGAGGCAACUGCACCGAGUUAUAUUGAUGGCGUAAAUGUAAGAGACAGCCGGUUGCCACGUGAUCCGGCGGAACCAUACCGGUAAACAAACCACCACCACGACAACUCCAUUACUCUUCAGAAAACAAACAACCGGAGCUAAACAAAAAAAACACCGCAAAACUCAACAUUACGCCACCAAAAUGCGCCCUUCCCACCACCAUACCCAUUCCAACUCAGCCUCUCAAUCCUUCCCCCGCCAUUCCAUCCUCCCCUCAGCAACAACAAACCCUGCCAGCGGCCCCUCAUCCAUGUCCGCCGCCAAAACGCGCCAGUACGCAAACCUGCAGACACAGCUGGCACAGCUGAAUGCAAACCUAGCCGACACCGAGAAUUUAUUGCGCAUGACUGCCGUCCAGGCGGAGGAUAUGCGGUUUCUGGGCGGGUAUGUAGGCGCCCUUUUUAUGGGAUCUGCAAAGGUACUCGGGGAAGAGGGGGUUAAGGGAGGCAGUGAUGAGGAGCAGAAGGGGAAGGGGAAAGAGAAGGCCGAUGAGGAUGAGGAUGAGGAGGGCGAGCAGUAAAAAGUCUUUUCCACCUACUAUCGAACUUCCUACUUACUUACCUACGGAACUAUGGAGUGAUGAGUAAGUGCUGUCUUCUUUGUCGUUCUCUAUUUUAUCCUCGUCGAUUCGGUGGUAUGCCAAGUUGUUGGUCUCUAACCGGCGUAUAGACAGA